GGGUAGCCUGGGUUCCCCCACAGACAGAGGUAAAGAUUGAGGGGGCCCGCCCCGUGAUGUCAUCUCCCUCCCCUCCCGCCCCCCAUACACACUCCCGGUCUCCUUCCCCCCCACACCCCAACACAAACACCCGCCCCUAAACUAAUUGCUUUUAGCUCUCUGGGUUUGGGAUCCGACUAGCCUGAGUUUAAAGAGCAACGAGUACAGUGGCCCAAGGGGUGCCUGCGGCCAACGGCCACCCCUACGCCUAGGAUCUCUGUGCUGGAAUGAAGCUAGAGGUCUAGGGAAGCAGUUCCACCCCUUUGCUCUCCUCAGCCGUGCAGGGUGGUGAGUAGUUAACACCCUUCCUGACCUCUCCUUGUUUUUCGUCCCAGACUCUUAAGCGAUUGAGAAGAGCAGCAGAAGGAAAGCGCAUCGGCACCAGCCUACUCCCAAUGCCAGUCUCUCCUCAGUGAUCCUUCAGAUCAGCAUCAAAUCCCAGUGGCAGCCCAGGCGUGCCUGGAUGAGAGAGGGUGGGUGGAACAAUUCCCAUGCAAGUCUGAGGCGAGUAGCAAGUAGAUACCAAGAUGUGAGGAGAUGUCUGUGGGCAAGGCGCCUGCUUACUCCGUGUAGGGCCAUGGGAUUUGGACUGGCUGUAUUCGGCUUUCCCCAACAACUCCAUCUCGGCAUGAAGCCAAGACUUCAAGAUCCGGACAGAGGCUGACUGGGCUUACCAAUCCCUGCCAGUUAGCUAUGGAUGGAUGAAUGGUUACUCUAACCUUCCAUUCUGUGACCAUCUUCUUCUCUUCUACCAUGGAGAAAGCCUCGUUGCCUCUGACUAUAACAUCUUACCCAAGGCCCUUUAAUCAACAACUCCCAGAGCCUCCAGACCUGAGAUGUGUCUUGGAAGCCCAGGACAGCCUUGAACUGGCCCCUGCCCUUGUGUGUGCCCUUUGCUGCUGCUUCGGAAUCAUCUACUGCUGCUUUGGCUACCGCUGCUUCAAGGCAGUGAUGUUUCUCUCCGGUCUGCUGUCAGGAGCCCUGGUGAUCUUCCUACUGUGCCAUAAGGAGCGGGUGCUAGAGACACAGUUGAGCCUGGAGGUGAGCGCAGGCAUCGCGCUGGGCAUCGGACUCCUCUGCGGCCUGGUCACCAUGCUGGUGCGCAGUGUCGGGCUCUUUCUGACUGGUCUCCUGCUAGGGCUGACCCUGGGUACUGGAACCUUACUGGGCACUGAACUCAUCUACCAGCCGCACUCAGCCUGGGUGCCAGUCGGUGGACUGAUGGGGCUGGCACUGCUGGGAGCCCUGCUCACACUUCGGUGGCCACGCCCAUUCACAAUCCUAGGCACAGCGCUGCUAGGUGCUGCGGUGCUGGUGGCCUGUGCUGACUACUUCCUGGAAGGACUGGCACUGGGCACUCGGCUGGGUGAACGCCUACAGGCACUUCCACAGUUGCUUCCUCUUUGCUGGUAUAGCUGGGUCUUGCUGGGAACCUGGCCAAUCUUGGGGGCUCUUGGGACACUGGCCCAGUGGAAACUCAUGUCUGAGGAACAUGGAAGCCAUACCAAUGUGAUCUUGAGCCACCAGCAAAGGCAUCUCCAGCUCCUUCGGAUCCAUCAGCAGGAGGCUAAGAGGCAUCGGAACCCUUCUGGGACAGGACUCUGUGGGGGCAGCUAUCGGAAUCAGUUUCCCCCCAAUAUCCGGAGCCCUGGUCACAGUCCAGCUCCAAGUUAUCUCCAGAGUCUUCGUGAGUGUGAGCUGGUACCAAGCACUCAAGCCACAGGCCCCCACACUAUCCUGGACCUGGAUUCUGACUGCAGCUCCACUCUCCUGCUUACCACACCUCACUCUGCCCAGACCUGAGCCUAACCUCCAAGGACACCGAUACCCUUGGUGAGGGCGGGAGACUGCCAAGUGGGUAGGGCCUGAGCCCAUAGGACCCAUACAGAUUAUGGGAAUCAAGGCCUAGACAACCCUUUAGAGACAGGCAUAGAAAAUUCUUAUAAAGAUGAGAGGGAGGACAAAGCACAAUCACUCUACCCAGUGGUGGAGUGCCCUGGCCCUAGAGACGCCGACUCUGAGACAAGGGUGUGCCCAAAUAGCUUUUUAUUAAUUUCUGUAAUGCUGAGAUGGAGCCAGAGUGUUGCCCAUAGUAGGCAAGUGUUCUGUACUACAACCCAUUCCCAAAUACCUGUUUUGUUUGU